AAGAAUUGCUCCAAGACCACGGCAGCUUUAAAGGCCGCCGGCUGCCUCUCUCGAGUCCCACCAUUGGCAGUCUAAUCGCCUAUCGACUUCACGUCUCUCCGCCAGACCACCACUACCCCGUCUAUCUCUGGUCUGGUCCCAAGUCCCAAUUAGUCGGAGCCUCCUGCCCUCCUCGACCGCUCAAGCCAAGAACCAGAAGCCAUGGAGACGGCGGCGCCGGCGCCGGCGCCGUGGGCGGAAAUGGAGAUGGACUGCAUGGUGCAAGUGUUCGUGCGCCUCGACCUCGAGGACCUGGCGGCGGCGGCCCCGCUCGUGUGCCGGAGCUGGCGCCGGGCCGCCGCCGACCCGUCCCUGUGGCGCGCGCUCGACCUGCGCCGGGACCACGUCGCGCGCUUCAUGCCCUGGGGAGCGCUCGCCGCCGCCUUCGCGCGCCACUACGCUGUGCGCAGGUUCUCCGUCGCGGGCUUCCUCAGGCUCUGCGUGUCGCGCGCGCGCGGGUACGCCGACGACGUCGCGCUCCCGCCGCUCCUCGCCGAGCCGGCGGACGAGAUCGACCACAUUUCCCUCCACUGUCCCAGGCUGCGGCGCCUGGCGCUCCCGCAGCUGACGGCCAGCGACGAGGCGCGCCUGCCGGACAUCGUCCCGCGGUGGCCGCUGCUGGAGCACCUGGAGCUGGAGGCCAAGCCAUCCUCCUCCUCUUUCCCCGCGCUCGCCGCGCAGCUCGCUCUGCACUGCCCGGGCUUCGCCAGCCUCAAGACCUCCGGGGCCGUCAAGCCCGAGGACGCCGCGGCGCUGGCGCGCUCCCUGCCCAGGCUCCGGUCCCUGUGCCUCGACCGCUCCUACCUGCCCAAGGAACAGUUCCUCUCCAUCCUCGCCGCCUGCAGGGACCUACGGGAGUUCAGCGCGCGCUGCUGCGUCGGCUUCGACGACAAGGACGAGGAGGUGCUCAGACGAGGGGCCAGGAUCCAGCGGUUCGACGUAGAAGGGUCCAAGCUAAUGGACGACCUGGAGGACGAGUUCGCCGCCGGUGACGGUUUCUGCGAUUCGGCCUACGUUGACGUGAUGUGAUAUUAAACUAAAUUAAAUAAUUACUAUUCUCAUAUUAAAUACUUUGAUAUAUCUGUGCCAUCUGGAAUAAUUAGUUAAAAUAAAUACACUACAUAUCUACUUCAAAAAAACAUAUAUCUAUUCUUUCCCGAUUUUUUAAUAGCAAUAGCUUGUUACCCCCUUAUAGAUAGAACAUAAAAAUCAUCUAAGUCUAACACAUCAUCUAAGUCUAACACAUAAAACAGCAUGCAGCGCAACUCUUUCACGUAGUACCACCUAGAUAGCUUAAACAAGACAAAAGAGUUAUUAUAAAAGGGGUUGGCUUCUUUUCAACUCAUAUCUUUAUAGACCUUUUCGUUAAGAUAAAGUGUAAUAUUUAUUUUUAUCAUCUCUAUUUUUGGUAUGUGAACCAAAUGUUCACUUUGAUAUUAAGUUUAUGUUUUGUUUGAGGGUGCACCACACUAGCAUGGCAUUGGGUUCUCGUGUGUCGCUCAAUUGUUA